AUGAAUCCACUUUCGAGUCAAUUACCCCCGAAAGGUGUUUCAUCCUCCUCGUCCUCAACUCCAGUUUCAUCAUCGGGAUCUACCUUGUGGUUCUCUUUCAAUAAUAAUUCUCAAGAUCAAAAAGUUCCUCCUUCCGAAACGCUUCAUACUUCUCUUCAUCCCUUGUCGAUCCAUGUAGAACAAGAGAAGAGUCGUUUGAAUUCAACUUGCUCACAACAGGAAGAUCAAGAUAAAUCAUCCAAUAUAUCCUCAACGUUGAAUACAGAAGAAUCCUCGUCCGAGGUUGUUUCUACACCUAAUCCAAGUGCUGCUGAUAGUAUUCAACACAGUGAAAAUCGAUCAUCUUUACAUCUUAUUCAGGAAUUGACCAAAUUACUCAAAAUGGAAAAAGAAAAAAACAGAAUAUUGCUCAUGGAAAAACAAAUUUGGAAGCAAAAAGAAAAACACCUCUCUCAAAUUUUACACAAUGAUUUGGAAAAUCUUAAACAACUUUCAGAUGGCACAAGUACAAGCAUUGGAAAUUCCACUCCACAAUCGACGACAAAUUCCAUGUUUUUUCAAAAUUUCAACAAUUACAACAAUUCUCAAUAUUCGAAUAUGAAUGAAACGGUCAAUACUAAUGGUUGCUUUACUCCAAUGACGAGUACUUCAUCAGCACCCUCUCCAGUUACAUCAUGUUCUUCAAGAUCACAAAUUCAUAACAACAUGACCACUCCAAUUCCACCACCGAAACCUCUUCGAUUAGUGACACGAGUUAAUACUUCCAGAAAAGAAGCUAAGGAAGAGGAUUUAUUAGAAUAUAUCAAAGAAUUUAUUAAUUUAGAAAAGGAAUAUAUGAUGGCCAUGAAGUGUGUGAAUCGAUACUUCCUCCCACUCAUUCAUGAAUGUUUCAAGAAGAGAGAAAUUUCUUGCUUUCCCAAUUUGUUGGCAAUGGAUCAUUUGCUAGUCCUGAUGAAAUUGAAUUCUCAACUUUAUCAAGAAUUUGACAAUUUACUACAUCAGAGCCAUUCCAAGAGGUCCAAAAAUUGCGGUUCACAAGAUCAGCUUGCUGAGCAUACGACCUUGUUCGAAGGGUUCUUAACUAUACUAUCUGAAAAUGUCCACAAAUUGAGAAUUUUCAAACUUUACACCGAGCAUCUUCCUACCAUGUUACAACUUGUAAAGAAGGAAUUGAAAAGUAAUGAAGUAUUUCGAGAGUAUGUGAGACGAAGUGAAAAACACUUGUACUCCCUCAAAGGUUCAUUGUGGAGAGUAGAUUCGUUUUUCAAGUUUCCCUUAGAGUACAUUCCAAGGGCGCUGGAGAUUUUACAACAGUUGAAAUCAGUUGUAGAGAGAGGUAGAUAUGCAGAGAGUGAGACGCUUGCAAUGAUUGUCGAAAAGUAUUCAAAAAUCCAAAGUCACAUCUACAAAUCAACGAAACCCAAGGUGGAUUUGUCUCAAAUGACCGAAAUUGCAGAAUCACUCGAAAUGAUUGGUUUAGUGACUGCAAGUAGGUAUUUGAUUAAGAGUGGUCUUGCCGAGAAGAUGAGAGAAAGUGGAGCAGUGACGCCGUGUCGAUUAUUUCUUUUCAAUGAUAUGCUCAUUAUAAAAUACACUCGAAAGUAUAGGUGGCUUUGCGUUAAAAAAGUAGUUUUUUAUCUGGAUGAAAUUUGUUUACAGCGACUACCACUUGUUUGCGUUAAAAACUAUGACAGUAAUCCUUACCUACUGACUGUGAUUAGAGGAAAUUUUGAACAAAAGCAAUAUAGCAUAACAAUACGGUUUCGAGAGGUGCAAGAGGUUUCAGAAUGGAUGGAAUUGAUUGAGGAUUGUAUUGACAAGGAGUGUACAUCGAUUAUCGAUGCGUCAGCCAGAUGGUUUCCAGAUGAGCAAUCAAAAUAA